GUGUCACCAAAGUUUCCCCUUGCGCCUACAAUUCCCAUCAAAUUACGCUUUCCACCUUUUCUUGAACCUGUAUCUUCUUCAACUGCAAUCAGCAAACAGGAAAUCGCUGGUCUCUUAGCUUCUUUCGCAGGUUCAAGUCGCACUAUUAUGGAUAUCGACAACCCCCCACCGCAGGAUCUUGACUCAGUUGAUCCCGCCCAGUCUUUGCGCGCAGCCGCUUUGCUUUCAAGAAAGCGCCGUAAAGUGGCUGUCGAGCAACCGCCAGUACUGCCUCAGCGUCCUCUGGUCGAGCAGACUCUGCACUUAGAUUACGGUCAAGAGGAUACUGCUACACCCUCAGCGUCUUCUGCAAAAUUUCCCGCGACAGAUGCAAAUGUUCCAUCGACAUCAGAAGAGGUUCCUAAUCCGAUACUAGACAUUGAAGAUGGUCAAAUCCGAGAGGAAGGUGAAAUCAGCGAUACAGAAGAAGCCGCCGCCCCGCCAAGGCCCACGUCCCCGCCUCCAAAAUUCCGGAGGCUCGAAACUUCCUCCAAGGACGCCGUCGUCUCCAAACUUGUUCCUACCUCUCCAGUCGAGUCAAAUUCUAGGCAUAGGCCUUCACCUCGCCUCGAGUCUCCUUUUGCGUCAAAACCCCCAUUCGGAUCAGAAAUCUACGAGCCACCACCGCCAACUUUCUUGCAACCGUUUGUUCUCGAAACAUCCACCUAUAGACUUGACCCAGAUCAUGUCAGGCCAGGGCUGGCCAUGACCGAGGAUCAAUAUAACACCGCAAAAGAUAUCGUCUUGGAUCUACUCGGUUGGGGUGUUCCCCCCGAGUACCUCAUCGACUGCGGCCUUAGUCGUCAUGUCGUCUUCUACGUUUUCACCGAACUUAAUUUGCGGAUGCCCACAAACUUGGAUACCAAUGGUCUCGUUCCAUACCCUACACCUGAAAUGUUGUCCUCCAUUCCCGCUUCACCUUCGCAAUCAAUCCGCUCAUCCUCAUCAGCGAUGCCCCCACCCCCGACAAUCCCUUCUCACAAAGAGUUGGCCAGCCCAGUUGCAACUGCUUCUGAUCGCCCGCAUAGCAGACUAUCUGCUCGUCUCGGCCUACGCAUUCCGCCAGGGGGUGAGCCCACUGACGUGAAGGUGGAGCCCACAUCCCCGUCAACAGCUGACUCGUCGUCUCAUUCUCUUCACAUGAUCGAGCAGCAACGGCGACAAGAGCUACUCGCUCGAAAAGCUGUCUUCGCUUCUCGCAAGGCCAAGCAGUCUGAUUCCCCUGGCGGUUCAUCUUCGAGGGACAGGGACGUUGAAAUGUCUUAUGUUGCUCCAACUGAGAUUGUCGAAGAUUUUUUAAAGAGCAUUCCUGCUGUGGAUAACGAAAUUGCAGAUAAUGGUAGCAACUCAACAUCCUUGCGCCCGGCACGGUACUCCAGCCCUGAAAACAUGGAAGUUGACCAGGCCUUCGCUGGUCUUAUCACACCGCAAUCGGCCUCUUCUACAGGGCCAUCUGCUUUCCAUUCGGCUGCUUCAGAAGCGUCUGUAGUAGACGAUACUAUUUCGCCGGUGACUGAUGCUCCACCUUGGUCCGGCAAUUCCACUGCGCCAUCCUCGGAUACGUAUUCUGGCGCAUCCUCAUCCACCGCGCCGGCUGAUUACUCCAAUUCUACCACUCCAAUUUUCGCAUCUUCUACUCCAGGUUUUGAUUCCAAUGGUCUACAACGAAGGGGUACCAAGCGACCAGUCGCUGCAGACUUCGUUGAUUUUGACCACGGUCCUGGCCCUUCCAAAGCUUCUUCUGGCAACGGGUAUUCGAGUAAUGGCUACACGCAUCCCAAUCUACUUCGACGGACCACAGGGAGUUUUGCAGGAGUGAGUGGUAUGCGACGAUGUGUUAUCGAACUCAGCGACAGCGAGGAUGAUGGAGAUGGCGAAGGGACUGGUGGUGAUACUGGCCCAUAUGACGGUCCACCAUCGUAUUCACCGAUGGUUUUUGGGCGCCUUCCACGUUUUGGUGGCAAUGGGACGCCAAUUUCGUCCAAUAAUUUCGCUAACGGCGAAGGGCGUUCGACUCCCCCGAAUCUGCAUCUAGCCAACGCCAGCGCUUCUUUGGGUAUGUCGCCUGCUGCUCUCGUUGAGAAAGAGGAGGAGAUCAAAAGGAUGCGCCAAAUGAUUGCUCAACGAGAAGAACUUCGGCAGAAAAAGCUUGCCGCAAUGUCGGGGAAAGCGACGCCGGCGAUCCAACCUGCGGCCGCAGGGCCUCUCACAGCCGAUCCUCCUGUAUCUUCGUCUAGCAUUGUCAUGGUUAGGUCGGAAGGUGAUUCCGGAGCAUCCAUCAAACAGGAGGACACCGCCACGCUCUAUAAUGGCCACGUUGGGAUCGCGCAGUCGUCUGAAGAUGCUGUUAUGGCAGAUACGCAAGAUCACACUGAAGGGACGGCAGUUCAAGAAAGCGCCGAUAUAUGUGUGGUCAUUUCCGCUGAGGAAGAUGCUCCUGGUGACACCAGCAGCGAAAUAACCUCAGCCAAGCAUACCAUGGGGGGUGCAGGAUUCGAGCCAAUCACUAAUGAUGGCACCGUCGACGAAGACCAAGCACUGGCAGAGGAAGCACGUUCCGAAAAAUGGGAAUCUUCAAGUGCAACGUUCCAUCAAACUGCUGGCGUGUUUGAUGGCCCAUCGUCGUCAGAGGUCCCGAAGAAGGAAUCGGAAGAUUCUCAAACUAGCUUUCCGUGUUAUGAUUCGCCAUUCUCGACCUACCCUCUACUUCUAUCCCAAUUACGUGCAGCGCCUCUUGAUGCCGAUUCCUGUCAAGAUCCUCGGCGAACUGCCAGUCAUUCAUCCAGAUCAUCAUCACGAGCCAGUGCCAGCUAUGCACUUAAUUUAUCAUCACCCUCAUCACGCGCUUCGCUUAUCUACUGUGCACCAUCAUUAUCUCAUUCAUGUUCGACUGUUUUUGUUCCAGAUCUCAAGCCUUUGAAGCUUGCAAGCUUGCAGCGCGCCCUUGGACAACUCAAUGCUAGCGACCCAGGUCUUCGGGUAUGUCAGUAUGAAGUGCCUGGUGGGGGUGUUUGUCGCGACAAAGGGUGUAACGAUCUGCAUCUGAGCCGACUCGUGAGCGAGCCGAGUGGUACGUAUUCUUUAUGUCUUGUAUUUUAGGCUGACUGAUGGAUUAUUCGUUUUCGACGCGUCUUGUAUUCACUCAUCACAACUAGACGCAGAUGUAGCAGCGUACGUGCACGGAAUAUUGCCACAACCAUGGCGUAGUCGGUGCGACGUACGAGCUAUCGAAAUAGCCCUUGAACGGGUUCGGCUCGGUAGCGGCGCCAGAAACAUUGAGGAGUGCGUCACCAGCGCUUUAUCUGGACUUGGCAUCCCGGUCGUUCCAUGAACAAUGUCGUGACACGUUCCAGCCAUCAGUAUGUGAGCGACAAUGCGGGCCGGCCUCGAUGAUGAUGAAGACCGGGACACUUAAAGAGACCAUUGUCCAGAUCUUCGAAUGUCAAAAUGAUACAGGGCAAAGGACAAGAGCGCCUAGCGCCACAGGAGCAUGGGCUUCCUGACUUGCAUUGGAUAUAAAAUGGAUUGUAUUCAAGAUUGUAUUCAAGUUUAUAUUAUUAUAUUAAGAGCCGUCCAUGUCGUUA